AUGAUACCAUUUUUACAGGCCUGUUUCAAUCCUAUUUACAAAAAGCCAUGGCAUUAUAUUACUGAAUGGUUUCAAAAUGACGAACCCUCUGCAUUCAAGACAGCCUAUGGAAGCACAUUUUGGGACUGUGCUAGUGACGACCCGAAGCUCAAUCAUUCUUUCAAUGAACAAAUGGUUAACGACCCAGAGUUAUUGAGUAGAAUAGUUAUUAGAGAUUGCAAAAAUGUCUUUGAUAAGAUGAAGUCUAUGGUGGAUGUUGGAGGAGGCAGGGGAUUUAUGGCCAAAGCUAUUGCUGCUUUCCCGCAAUUGCAGUGCACUGUGUUCGAUCUUCCGCACGUUGUUGCAGGCUUGGAAGGUCGUAAAAACUUGCCCUACACCGAGGGAAAUAUGUUUGAAUCCAUUCCUCAAGCAGAUGCAGUUAUGCUCAAGGUAUGGAUUUUCUUGAUAUAUUUAACUGUUUCUCAUUAUAACAAAUUUUUCCAUGCUAACAAAAAACAGUGGAUAUUGCCCAACUAG